UGCCCUACAGACUGUUUCGCUCUCGCAGUUGCUCUUUCGCCAAGCGACGAUAUCUGUCCUUCUCUGUAACGGAAAAACCGAACAACUUUUUUUCGUAAUUUCGCGCCGAAAUCAGACGAGCCGCAAAUCGAUUUAAAAAUCGCAGUCCGCUCGCGCCAUCUAUCGACCGAUUGACCAUGUUUGAAUUCAGUACUUCGCAAUGAAACGCGCGAAACUCUUCAGUGCAAAUUUUCAGCUUCAGAGUCAAGAGCAAAUUGUUGUACUUGUUAAUUGUCAUGUUGUGAGAUUUUUAUGUUCUGUGAGACAGUGAUGUGUCACGUUUAUUCUACGUCGUGUGAUUGCAUCAAGUACGGUAGCUUUAUAUUCAUAAUUCUCUGAGAAAAAUGGUGGAUAUAAAAAAUAAUACAAAUGAAACAUAUGAUUGUAAUGAAGAAUCAAAAAUCAGAACUAACAGUUUUGAUACUGUGCCAUCAACACCUUCUUCAUCGUCAGAUUAUUUGACAGGAGAUGAUAGUUCAGACAGUAAAGCUGCUAUACCAUUUAGUUUAAAAUCAGUGGAAACUACACUUUCAUUAUCCAAGGCUACUUCUGAAGAAUAUUUGAAAGAUAUGAUAGAAAAGUGCAAACAAAUGGUGUUAGAAAGUGCAGAAUGUUCAGAUGAGCGAAAAUGGCUUGUUAGACGUUUAAUAGAAUUACGUUUAAGAGUACAAGAAUUAAGAGAAACAUCAGAAGAAAAUUUGCUAGAAACGCAAGUCAUUUUAGGCCAUCAUUUAGUACCACAAAAAUAUUACAUAACCACUUCUGGGCCUGCAUAUUGUGAUCAUUGUAGUGGAGCUAUUUGGACUAUGCUCCAAUCAUGGUAUAUGUGUAGUGAUUGCAAAUUUUGUUGUCACUGGAAAUGUUUAAAUAAUAUAUGUAGAGUAUGUGUUCAUGUGGUUGCUAGUGAAGCAGGUGGUUAUACAUAUACAAAAGAUAUUUGUCCUGAAAAGGGUUUAUCAAAUCAAGGAUAUAGAUGUGCUGAAUGCAAAGUUCGAAUAACAUUCACUUUCUCAAAAGGAUUAUCCUUAUCUUGCUUUGGUAAUCCAUUUAGGAAUACAGAGUCAGUAUGGAUUGAGCCACGCCUUUGCGAUUAUAGUGGAUUGUAUUAUUGUCAAAGAUGUCAUUGGAACACUGUAAUGGUAAUUCCUGCAAGAGUAAUUAGAAAUUGGGAUAUGGAACCAAGGCUCGUAUCCCGUGCUGCUGCACAAUUGCUAACACUUUUAGAAAAACGUUCUGUUUUAUUACUCGAAGAGUUAAAUCCAAAAUUGUUCACUUUAGUUCCAGAUCUCUCUGUAGUAAAGAGGAUGCGGGGCGAAAUGCAAAUGAUGAAACAUUAUUUGGUUUUGUGUACGGAAGCUAAUAAACAAGGAUUACCAUGGAAAAUUGGAAUACGUACUCAUAUGAUAGAAAAUUCGGGAAAUUAUUCAAUUAAAGAUCUUGUUGAUCUUAAUAACGGAAUCCUCUUAGAAGAAAUUCGUACUGCAUAUGAUAUUAUGCAAACUCACAUUACCGAACAGUGCGAAUUAUGCAAGGCGAGAGGUCAUUUGUGUGAAUUGUGUGGUAAUGAUGAAAUUAUAUACCCGUGGGAUGCAAGUUCUAUUACUUGUCAUCAAUGUUCGGCUGUUCAUCACCGUGCAUGUUGGUCAAAACAAAAUCACUACUGCCCACGAUGCGCAAGGCUUCAAAAGCGACGUGCCUUGCAAGAUCAACAAAUUUCGGAUACAGAUGAUUGUAUUAAAGAAAAUGGAUUGAACACAAGUGAAUCACUAAGUGAUACAACAUAAAUGCCAAAUAUCACACUUAUUGUGAUUUCAGGUCUUGUGCAACUUUUUUAUAAAAUAAAAUUAAAAGACAUUCAUAAGAUUCAUAUUUUAUAAUAUAUAAAAUAUCUCGGAUUUAUUUUAAGUAGUAAUGUUAGAAAUA